UAUUGCAUCAAAAGUCCUUUCCGCUGCUUCGAUUUGGUAAAAAGAAGCAAAGCACUCUAGCUUUGGCACGUCUAACAGCGUUGCACGAGCUACAAAAAUAACCAUGAUAGAGAGAGGUGACAGCCGUGAAAUACUUUACAAGUUUUUCUCCGUGUUAUCUGUUUUUGCCAUUGUGUUCACGUUUGCUUUGUUUGUGAGAAUCGAAACAGUCGCUCGAGAAUGGAAGGUGAUGGACUCAAAGUUCACGCUGCAAAUUCAACAACUUCAAGAUACUCUAAGAGAAUCAGCUUCCCUCGGCCGGAAAGGAGGCUUUGACAUUUCUAAAGGUACAGGCAUGCAAUUUAAAACCACAUUUGUCCGUCGCAGCUUGGAUACAUAUAAUUCUAAUGAUCCUAUGGGUCUGCGAGAAGUGGGAGAGGCUAUCAAGAGAUAUGUGCAAUCGAUUAUGAAAGGAUAUGUCUGUCAAAGUCCGGACAGGGUCUGUGUGGCAGGGCCUCCCGGACUCAAAGGAAGUCGUGGUUCCCCUGGAGAACAAGGAGCCAAAGGAACAAAGGGAAGAAAGGGAACGCAAGGAGUUAUGGGACCUCCAGGAGAACCGGGGAAGCAAGGCAUCAAGGGAGAUACUGGGCCUGAAGGAGUUAAGGGAGAGAAAGGUAAUGUGGGAAUUCCAGGGCAUCCGGGAUCUAAAGGUCAACCAGGCCAGUCCAUAUCUUUACCAACAGUCACUGUAUCUCCUACUUCACUUACGGUCACUCAGAACCAGACCGCCAGGUUUGGCUGCGCGGCAGAUGGCAAUCCCAAGCCUAGAGUGUCCUGGAGUAGAAUAGAUGGCUUUGGAUUGGAAUCUUCUAACGGUCGAGAUAGUUUGUUGCAAAUAAGAACAACCGCCUUUAACGACUCAGGAAAUUAUGUUUGCACAGCUACAAGUAUACUGGGAAAAGUUCAAAAAGUCGUAAGGCUUUUUGUGGAAGUGCCACCGCAUUUUACUAGGAUCCCGGAUCGAAUCAUGAGAAUCAAAGGAAACGAAGCAGUUACUGUUGCCUGCCAAGCCUUUGGCUUUCCUCCUCCGACAAUUCGAUGGUCGAAGGCAUUUUCUUCAUUACCACAAGGGCGAUCCUCUGUUAUAAACGGCACUCUUAUGAUCACCAGAUUUAGCCCUCAAGAUACCGGUGACUAUCAGUGCAAAGCUGCCAACAAACUGGGAUCUGCUAGUGUUUUGACAACCCUAAUUCAUAUCAAAGAGUUUAGAGCCAUUUUUACAAGCCUCGGUGCUAGUGGAAGAUUUGGUCCAACUUCGCUUGGUAGCCACUACACAGGUCAGGAUCAUGACGGACAAGUUAAACUGCUCAGCGGUAUUCAACAGUGGACUGUGCCGUACACCGGUGACUACAGAAUAGAUGCAAUUGGAGCUGCAGGAGGGUAUGAUACAUAUACUAACAGUGCUCAGUACCGAGGAAGAGGAGCAAGAAUGAUUGGAACAUUCAGCUUAAACAAGGGUGAAGUCAUUCAGAUUCUAGUUGGUCAAGAAGGAGGAAUUAAUUCGCAGUCUACUUCUUCUGGCGGUGGUGGAGGUACAUUUGUCGCGAGGGGAAGUAACAGACCUUUGAUCAUAGCCGGAGGUGGAGGAGGCCUAGCGACUGCAAGCUCAAGGCAUCCAGGAUGUGAUGCCAGUACUGGCUCGUCUGGGAAUCCUGGGUACAACUCAUGGUCAGGGGGGAGCAAUGGACAUGGUGCAAAAGCUGGUGAUAGUGAUUACUCCGGUGGCGGCGGCGGAGGUUUCUACUCCAGCGGCAGAAGUUCAAAACAGUUUGGUGGUACCGGGGGAUAUGGUGGAGAGGGUGGAAAAGGAUUUCUCCAGGGAGUGGUGGGAGGUAGAGCCAGGCAGCACAACAUUUCUGGUGGAUUUGGUGGAGGUGCAGGUGCUGAUGGAUAUGGAGGAGGUGGUGGAGGAGGAGGAGGCUACUCUGGAGGAAGCAGUGGGAAAUUUAUUAGGGAUUCUUGCGGAGGCGGUGGAGGAUCUUAUAAUGCUGGUAAAAAUCAACAAAACGAAUGUUGCUAUCGAUCAUCUGGCCAUGGUCAGGUGAUCAUAGCCUUACUGUAAAAGAAAAACACCAAUAAUGAACCAUCGACCGUUUGCUGGAAAAACCCUCAGCGCAGACUGAUUAAACAAGUGAAACAGUA